AUGGCUUCCAGAAGGUUGUUUCAUGUCGCUCGUGGAUUAUGCGGGCUUCGUGCAACGCACUCCAAUCAUCGUUUCAAUCUUGCUAGAGCCUAUUGCUCAGGUAAGUCUGAAGUAUCUUUUUUAUGGUUACAAUUUAUUUCCUGUCAAGAAAACAACCAACAAAUUGUCGCCUUCGGAUCAGUCGAUUCAACGGUACUUACGAAGGGUUUGGGGUGAAUUAUGGUAAGACAUUGUUUGUGUGGAUUUGUCCCGUUAUUUUUCUCUUGAUACUUAAGGACUUCAUAAUUUAUAGUAAUGAGAAGAAGUACAAAAAAUAAGAUUGAGGGUUACUAAUCAACCAGCUGUUUAUCCCAUGGGCCAUUCCAUUUUAGAUACAACCCCUCCCCCUGCCCCCUCCGCGGUAACGAAGUAGUUUGAAAUUUCCUAACCUUUUAAAAAACCUCGUUUUUUCCCAAAUGGCUCAGCAACUGCAUUGAUAAAUACAUGUGUAAUAGCUAAUAAAUAAUUUUUGCUUUUGUGAUACUUCCCCUCAGAGAAUCUGUUGUUCAGUCCUACAAGACCCUACAACCUUCAGUCGAAAUACCAGUUUUUUUUUUAAUUCCCCUUCCUUAAAUUUUAUUGAUUGGGGUGGGGGGGGGGCUAUAUUAAAUUAAACACCCACCAGCGUGGAACUCAGGCAAUCAAAGGGGCUUUUGUUGAAAAUUAUCAGGGCCACCACGGGGGGAUACUCCGGAUUCAAGUGAUACCUUGCCGAAUUUCUGAGUGGUAACAAGUGUGGAUAUACUUUAUUCGCAGAACUACUCUGUACGUGGCUAGGAAAGGUGGGCACUACCACAAAUCUUCAGUUUGGUUUGAAUGCCCCAAAAAAUCCCUACUUAAAUUAAGCCACCCAACAAAAAUACUUGCCACAUUUUCCUGCCCCCUAAAAAACCCAGAAUCAAAAAUUUCAAUCCUGUGUUGUCUUAAGCUAGCUUCAAACAACUCAAUAAUCUUUGGUUAUGUAGAAAAGUGUUUCACUGGAAUUGUUAUCAACAGAUAUACACUGAGUCCACCUCCUUUAUGUACCUUGUUUGAUUUUGAGUUCGAUUCCCUGAUGUGACCUCAAAUCCUUUAUAAAGAAGCUUUAAAUACCUGUAAACUGCAGCAUUUUAUAGAGAGACGAGCAGUAAAAGACCAUUCUACUGUUUUUUCAACUUUUAAAUGGGACCAAUAAGGCCUGGUUCAGAUGCCAUGCAUUUCAUGUGCCAAACCUAAUUGAAUAAGUUUGACUUUGGAGCAACACUGGUGUGUCAUGUGAUUCAGACUAUGCACCGUGUGUGGAGCCUAAGUUAAGUUUGACAGACUCUGUCAAAACACUUUUGAAGCACCAAACUAAAACUGCCGUGCCUAUUUGAUUCAAACACUGCUCUUUUGCCAGACUUAAUUCAUCAGUUAGGUUCAGCACAUGAGUGGAGCAGUGUCUGAACCAGGCCUUAGCAAAAAUCCAUCAAAAUGGCUGAAAAAAAAAUGCCUUAAAACAAGCAUAUGUACUUUAGAUGCCAAGUGUGAAUGUGACUCGUUAGAAAGUAACAAAGAAAUAGCGCUCCAAAGUCUAAUUUUACAGGUGCUUGUUUGGUUGGGGGGGGGGGCAGGGGUGAGAGGGGGGGAUUGGAAGUUUGUGCCCCCCUCCAAACAAAUGUCUGUAAAAUUUUGCAACUUUGUGGAGCAAUAAUCUUCACUUGCAUUUAACACACAACCUUUAAACUUGGUAAGUUUCCUAAUUUUAAGGUGCUCUUUCCAGCAGUGUUAUGCAUAUUUGCUAAUUGGUCUCAUCAAAAUUUGAAAAAAAAAAACGUUUUAAGGGUGUAUUGAGCACACCUUUGGCCUCUUGUUUGUCGUCUAUUGAGUACUGUUACAAGUUACAGGCGUAACGCUUAUUAGGAUCUUUUUAAUAUGCUUGUCAUCCAAAAAGAUAAAUUUUUUACAAUAUUCGGAAUCACUUGUCACCUAAUUCCUUGCAUUCCUUUAAAUGAGUCUGAUUGAUUGGGUAUUUUUUGGACAAAUGCCCCAUGGUCCAGAUCUUUUCAGGCUGAAUUCACACUUUAAUGGUCAAAUUUAGUCCCUUUUGCAGAAUAAAUACCAGUGGUUUUUUCAUUGAGCUCCUAGAUAAACUAACAAAUAAAUGGGUUAUUAUAUUACAGCUAAGAGUUUUGAGAUGAUUAAAGCUGAGAAGAAGGGAGAAAACCAAAGUGUUGGCUUCAUUCAGCUGAAUCGACCCAAGGCACUGAACGCUCUGUGUGAUCAGCUAAUGGCUGAAAUGCAAGACGCUUUAGAUGACUUUGAAAAUGACAAAACUGUAAGUGCUAUUGUCAUUACAGGAAGUGAGAAAGCUUUUGCUGGUAAGUGUGGUUUGAUCCAUAAAGUAUCCAUAUGCAACCUAUGCUAGCCUGCAGUAAACCUCUUCAUUUGCUUGGAAUUUCUUGCCUUUCUUCCCCUUCUUACCCUGCUGUAUAGAGCCUAUCCUCAGGCUUAAACCCAAUGGAUGGCUAUUGGAAAUUUCAAAGGGAAGGGAGGACUUAAAGAGAACAAUUUUUUUAUAGUAAACAGGGUGCAAAGAAAGUCAGUUUUACAGCUUGAAACUCUGAUUAGGUAAGCUGUAGCUAGCAUACACUAGCCCAAAAGUCAUUUCAACUAGCCUGAAAAAAAUUGAUGAGCAGGAUUGAUUACAGUUCUUCUCUUAUUUGAAUUCCUAAAAAAAUAUCACUUGCCCGUCGGGCAAGUUAAAAACAGAAUUCACUAGCCCAGUAGCAAAAUCCACUAGCCCCAGGCUAUCGGACACUACUUUCUUUGCACGCUGGUAAAGUAUCACUGGAAUUGCCAGUGAUUAUUUGAAAAGCUAAGUUAUAUUUUCGUUUUUCUACUUUUGUAUUGGUCCUUAUUACUACAAAUAACUGAUGAUUGUGGAAGGUAGACUGUUAAAUUAUUAUAUAGUUUUGUAGUGAGUUUGUCAUUAGAAAGCAGAAGCAGUACAACAGAGAUUAAUUUUUCUUUUCCCGUUUUACCUUCUCCUCAUGUUACAAUCCUCAGCUGGGGCUGACAUUAAAGAAAUGCAGAAUUUAACAUAUCAGAAGUGUCUUCUUGGAGAUUUCCUUGCUCACUGGACACGAGUGGCUAGAUGCAGGAAACCUGUUAUUGCUGCAGUCAAUGGAUUUGCUGUAAGUUUCAGUCAAACCCGUCCCUAAGAUACAGACACCAUACUGAUACACAGCAAAAGUCUGUAUAGUGUUCCCCCUGUCUAGUUACUGCAAGUAUUUUGCUGUGUCCUCACUGGUUCUACAAGGAAACCAGUUCUACAUGAUUAUCCACAUUUAUGCUUUGUUAAAAUAUUAGGAUGCUCACCAAAGUUAGAGCUGGCCAGCCGGAACAGUAAUUUUGGGAAUAAAAUGGGCUUUCUUUAGAGCACUUAUACUAAAAACCCAUUACAGCGGUGCACACAUGUAGUGUUUAGGAAAGGACUGAUUUCAUUUGGCUUAACAGUCCCGAUUUUCUAAAUCUGCUUACAGCCGGUCUGCUUUGAUUGGCCCAGUUUUGAUUUAUGGAAAGUGUUGAAUAUUGUUUUUCCUUCUUAUUUGCUUAAACAAAAGUAAUUAAAGGCGACUUACAACAAAGUGAUUGUCGGUUUAAAUUAUAGCUUGGUGGUGGGUGUGAACUGGCCAUGAUGUGUGACAUCAUUUAUGCUGGAAACAAAGCCAAGUUUGGUCAACCUGAGAUUUUACUGGGAACCAUUCCAGGUUUGCCUUAAACAGAACACUGAUUGUUUUUUCACUGACUCCUGCGGGAACCAAGAAUCAGUAUUCACUUACUUACUUAAAACCAAUCUUUAUGGUGUAAAAUACCAAAACUACAGUUAGUACCAUGUAAGAAGUUAUGCAUCUCCUAGGGGCUUUAAUUUGAAUGUUCUGACCCUAACUAACCGUUGUUGGCUCAUAUGUUUCGACGUCUGUGAUACGUUUUGGUCUUAUAUUUGGUUAUCGUUUCUUCCCUCACUCGGUACUUACAGUGUACUUACGUUCUUGCACGAGUAACUUGUAAGUAGUUGCUUUUUUCACCGUUUUUAUGACGUUGUAAAGGCGUUGGUCUUAUUUAUUUACGUAUUUUGGCGUAGUUAUAAGUUGUUAGCCCUUUCAAUCCUAGACCGACUUAUAGGGGGAUGAAUUGUGAGCUACAACUUGGCUGUGGACGGAAUCCCUUGUUGUUAUCAUUCAAAUGAAACCUCUUUGGUGCUAUUUAUUUCAGUCUUAGGAUUUUACGAAGGAAUUUUUCAUAAAUGUUUCUCAUUGGGCACUAUUAUGGACAAAGGGUUAAGAUUAGAUAUAUCGGUUGCGUAGCGACGGAGUCAAAGUCGUAGUCGGAGCCUAAAAUAAGAAGCGUAGGUUGUUAUUAUCUAACAACUUUCUGAUUCCGCUUAUGCCACCGUUGUUUAUGAUCUAGUAAAAACUAGGAUGUGGGAGUCACAUGCAGAAACGAACCCAGCCACCAGAGCUUAAAGGAGGCUCUCUUGAUAGGGUUGCAGAAGCGGAGCAAACAAACCAAUCACAAAGCACAAGAAUGAACACCGUGAUUGGCUCGUUCUUCCGCUUUUGUCCCCCCCCCCCCCCGCCCCGACAAUUUUCACUAAAUCGUUAAUGACGGACACAUUAAGCGAAGCCGCAAGGAAACUAAUGGAACUUAGGCUGGGUAUCAAGUGUUUCUGCAUCUUUUUUUUCGACUCCGAUUCUGUCGCGCUUAUGAAUCCGCGUUCUUUCGACUUAAGUGCUUUGCGACUCCUACUUUUACUCGGUCGUUAGUGAAAACCAGCCUUUAGGUUUUGGGCUAAUCUCCCUACGGUACACGGAGUGUUACAAACGUUUUGGCAAAAGUUUUGGUUUCCAAUUUUAGCAGACCCCGCAGCCCAAGAGCUUAUGCUGUCAUAUUAGAUAUAGGAGUUAUUAAAAAAAAGGCAAACAAAAGAAUUAGGAAUACUUUUUAGAAUUGCAUAUGGGUCUCCAACUGACUCGCGUCUUUACGUAUUUUAAGGUGCUGGUGGAACUCAACGUCUUCCAAGGGCUGUGGGUAAAUCACUCGCCAUGGAAAUGAUUUUAACAGGGAAUCCUAUAACAGCAGAAGAAGCACAAAAAUCAGGUAACUUUUGUUCCGAGUAAUAGUGGCUGCCUUGGGUCAAUACAUGAGUCUGUAAAAGGGUUAUGAAUGAAUGUUGCUAGUGUGUUUAGUAAACGAACGCUGAGCUAUCUAAGUAAAUGAUACUGAUGGGCAGCCCAACUGGCAACAGGUAGAACUGUGAGCCAUAUGCUUGGCGACUGAAGACAUGCAAGAGCGGUACUUCGAGCUGGAAACUUCUGAAGGCCGACGCCACUUUAAUUACUACGUCAUACUAACUUCUACUGGGUCAAGUUCUGAAAAAGAGAAAGGGGAUGUUAUAGCGGGUAAGAAUACCACACUGCUACCCGGGAUGGUUUGGGUGGGAAGGGCCCGCGCGCGAAACAUGGAAGCGAUUUGUGAAGAUUUUCACUCACAAAAAUAAUCUCAUGUUUGUUUUUUACUAACUCGAUACGUCAGUCAACUUAAUUCCGUUGACAAAAUAAGUUAAAUUCCAUGUGCCUCACUUCUCACAGCAUUUUUCAUUCUGUCGAAGCCUUCUGGCUACCGAGACGAGUUAUGACAAUUGCAAUUUUUUUGACCUUUCAAAGCAAAUUGAAAGUGAAUUUUUUCCGUCAUUUGUAGGCCUGGUUAGCAAAGUGUUUCCCGCUGAAGAGGUUGUGAAUGAAGCCAUCAAGACAGCGGAAAAAAUAUCUAGUUUAUCAAAGAUUGCUGUGCAAAUCGCCAAAGAAGCUAUUAACACAGGUACUACAGGACAAUCAAUUGUCUGUUAGAGCCGGGCAAAUGUAGUGCCAUUUUGGUUUCUGAAUUUUCUACAGUGAAGCAGCCUGGUUUGAAAGCUAUACUUUGAGCCACUGUUAAAACAUGAGCCACGCCCAACCCACAAUUCUCUGCUUCGCUUUAAGGAAGGUCUAGCACUCUUACAGCCUAUAGAGAUGCCAUGAUAGCAAAAUCUUUGGAUGACAACAAACCAAAAAUGGGCAAUUUACGGCUGCUAAUUCACCUGUUUCAACUAAGAUGACAAAAAUUUUCUUACUCCUCUACCGACUUAAUCGCACGGUUUGUUUGUUUGUUGUUGUUUGUUUUAACUACCGGUAAUUCCAAUUUUCUUGUUUUUGUCAGUAAACCAACUAGAAAUGAUUCGCUGCUUUCUUUGUUUUAGGAUAUGAGACUUCUUUAUCAGAAGGUCUGCACUUUGAGAAAAGAAUGUUCCACUCAACAUUUUCGACGGUGAGUACUGAUUUAUGAUGUUUGAAUAUCUCUUAUUACCUGGAUCAGAGACUUUAGUGGAGAGGAAACUAUUAAUUUCCCUGUUGUAAAUCAGGACACCUCAUCAUACGGACAACUUUGUGACCCCUACAUACCUUUUUUUUUUUCUUCGGGGCUAACUCUGUAAAAGAUUAACAGUUUUACUUUUGAAAUAUAAAUAUUUGCUUUCUUAUGCGUUUUUUUUUUUCAGGAGGAUCGUAAGGAAGGGAUGACGGCCUUUGUAGAGAAAAGAAAGGCAGAAUUUAAAGACAACUGAACUGGACUCGUAUCAUCUUAAGCCUUAUACAAAUAUGGUUUUCCGUGGAGUGCAUGAGGGCUGAGCACAUCACUAGAAAUACUGUCUUGUGGUGAAGCUUUGUACGCUUCGGUAGUUAGGCGGGAAUAGUGCUGUGUGGACCAACAUCACCCGCGUUUUUUAUUAUAAUGAUAAUAAACAAAUUUUGAAAAGC